AUUUUGCUCAUUUUUAACGGUCGUCGCUAACAUACAUAAACCCUACAAUCCGCUCCAUUCUGAGCAGCCGCUUCCCCGCUCUCCGCUCGCUUCUCCUCUCCUCUCCCUGCGCCGACAACGCCGCGACCAUGCCGAAGCACUACAGGCCUGCGGGAAAGAAGAAGGAAGGCAACGUCGCGAAGUACGUCACCAGGUCCCAAGCCGUCAAGCUCCUCCAAGUCAGUCUCGUCACUUUCAGGAGGCUAUGCAUCCUGAAAGGUGUAUUUCCCCGGGAACCUAAGAAGAAAGUCAAGGGGAACCACCACACUUAUUAUCAUUUGAAGGAUAUCUUGUUUGUCAAACAUGAUCCAUUGCUCGAAAAGUUUAGGGAGAUGCGGACUUACGAAAAGAAACUUAAGAAAGCCCAGGCCAAGAGAAAUAAGGAUCUUUAUGAGCGUCUUCGCACUCGAAAGCCUACUUACACGCUUGACAGACUCAUAUUGGAGAGGUAUCCUAAGUUUGUUGACGCUCUUAGAGACUUGGAUGACUGCCUGUCCAUGGUGCACCUUUUUGCGGCAUUACCAGCCUUGGAGCGGGAAAAUAUCGAAGUGAAGCGCAUCCAUAAUUGUCGAAAGUUGAGUCAUGAAUGGCAAGCUUAUAUUGCUCGAACUCAUAAGCUCAGAAAAGUCUUCAUAUCUGUGAAAGGCAUAUAUUAUCAGGCUGAAGUCGAUGGUCAGAAGAUCACAUGGUUAACACCUCAUGCCUUGCAGCAAGUUCUGCCUGACGAUGUGGACUAUUCUGUCAUGCUAACUUUUUUGGAAUUUUAUGAGACUCUUCUAGCUUUUACGAAUUUCAAGCUUUAUCAUUCAAUCAAUGUUAAGUAUCCACCAAUUCUGGAUCCCCAACUGGAGGCUUUAGCUGAAGAACUUUAUGCGUUGUCAAGAUAUCUUGAUGCUAAUACUAGAUCCUCCCGUGCCUCUGGAUCUGACCAAGUGGAAGGUCAAGAAAAUGAAAAGCAGCAUGAUGAAUCUGAUUUAAGGCUUGCACAACUUCAACAUCAGCUUCCUCAUAAUGAACCUGGGGCUUUAAUGCACCUGGUUGAGGAUGCUGCUGGUGAGGAUGAGGAUGAUGAAGAUACGAAGGACUGUAAGAAUCUCUUCAAGGAUAUGAAGUUCUUCUUGGGUCGUGAGGUUCCUAGAGAGUCUUUGCUUUUCGUUAUUCCUGCUUUUGGAGGUAUUGUUUCUUGGGAGGGAGAUGGGGCUCCGUAUAGGGAAGCUGAUCAGAGCAUUACCCAUCAGAUUGUUGAUAGACCGACUCAAGGUCAUAUAUUUCUUUCUAGAGAGUAUGUCCAGCCUCAAUGGAUAUACGACUGUGUGAAUGCAAGAGUUAUCUUGCCAACUGAGGGUUACCUGGUGGGAAGGGUUCCUCCACCACACUUGUCACCUUUUGUCAAUAAUGAAGCUGAGGGAUAUGUGCCAGAAUAUGCAGAGACCAUUAAGCGUUUGCAGGCUGCUGCCAGAAAUGAGGUUCUUCCAAUGCCAGGCACCGGAAAAGAAGACUUGGAAGAUCCUCAGCGUCUCUUGGUUGAAGGGAUCAUUGACCGUGCUGAGGCAAAGGAAGCUACUGAGAAGAAGCGGAAGAUGGAAACUCUGAAAGAACAGUAUCAUGACGAGUUAAAAAUGGAAAUAGAGGGAGCCACGUAUUCAUCCAUGAUCAAUCGAAACACAGAGAGCAAUGCAGCAAGUGGAGAAGCCAGGGAGGAAUCCGUUCCUGAUCUGGAACAAACUGCUGAAGAUGGCGCAAAUAUGGCGAAGAUUGUGAUGUCACGGAAGAAGAGGAGGCUUUUAGAAGCCAUUGAGAUAGGGAAGAAACGGAAGCAAGCUAAUGUCGAUCUUCUUAAAGAACGGAAGAAGAAAAAUGAAGCAGGUCAGACGUCAAAGGCGAAAUAAUUCGGCCCAGAAAUUUCAGCUUUUUGGGAUUAUUUUGAUGUUUGUGUAUCGUGCUUUAAUCUGUUGGAAGAAUAGUGUAUCGCCAAUUAAAGGUAUUGGCUAAAAUUUUGCAGAAGUAUGGAUAUGAUAAAAAUGCGUAAAAUAUAUUCUUCUUGAAAGCUGAUUGAUAGCGGGGUUGUUCAACUUGCUAC